ACGAACGCUACAGCAUCAAGCUCGCAGACGCGCACACGCUGACCUUUGCCCAGAAACACACGUGCGCGUUCACAGGCACGUCAGGCUCACGUCCCAAGUUUGCACGUAGGACGAGCGCACGUGGGGACGCCCGGAGACGGGCACACACAGGGCACGCUGCAGCCCGUCGGCGGGCGCGCGGCCACUGGGGGGUGCGCCGCCCUGGCACGCGCACGCGCACGCGCACUGACGCGCACGCUCCUGCCCUAAGUGAAACCAGCAGAACCGAGACUGGCCGAGCCAAUUGGAGACUCCUUGGCCCUGGAAGCCUAGCUGCUGCCGCCAAGAGACGCGGUCAAUUAACUUCCCCCUGCAGCCGGGCUCCCUGACCCGUCUGCCCGCCCCUUCCCGGCCUGCCUGCCCCUGGUCCUCCGCCCCGCGCAGCUCGCUGCGACCGAAGGAAGGAAGGGCCGCCCCGCCGCGCCGUCUGAGGGCGUGCGGCUCUGCCCGCUGGGUCUAAGCGGAUGAGCCCCUCCCCGUGGAGUCUGAGGGGAACAGUCUUUUGGGGUAGCGGAGCCGUCUCUGGGGACGUGGCCCUGCCUAAGAGCCUGAGGAGACGUGGGCCUGACCUGGGGUGUCGCAGGGAAGGCACCAACCCUCGCGGGUCACACUCAUAGCAGUGGCUGGGCUGGGCAUGCUGAGCUGUUCCCAGGGCGCCAUGCUGCUUGGGCCCUCGGACUCCUCUCUUCCCAAGUCAGGGGACAGAGGCUCAGACCCUUUCCGGCAGCCACCUUCGCAGGGUGGAUGCAGAUGACGUCAUGACCAAAGAAGAACAGAUCCUCCUGCUGCACCGUGCCCAGGCCCAGUGUGAGAAGCGGCUCAAGGAAGUCCUGUGGAGGCCAGCUGACAUAAUGGAAUCACACAAGGGAUGGACGUCCGCAUCCACAUCAGGGAAGCCCAGGAAAGAGAAGGCAUCUGGGAAGCUCUACCCUGAGGACAAGGAGGCGCCCACUGGCAGCAGGCACCGAGGGCGCCCCUGCCUGCCCGAGUGGGACCACAUCCUAUGCUGGCCGCUGGGGGCACCAGGUGAGGUGGUAGCUGUGCCCUGUCCCGACUACAUUUAUGACUUCAAUCACAAAGGCCAUGCGUAUCGACGCUGUGACCGGAAUGGCAGCUGGGAACUGGUGCCCGGGCACAACAGGACAUGGGCCAACUACAGCGAGUGUGUCAAAUUCCUGACCAAUGAGACACGUGAACGGGAGGUGUUUGACCGCCUGGGCAUGAUCUACACCGUGGGCUACUCCGUGUCGCUGGCCUCCCUCACCGUGGCGGUGCUCAUCCUGGCCUACUUCAGGCGGCUGCACUGCACACGCAACUACAUCCACAUGCACCUGUUCCUGUCCUUCAUGCUGCGCGCCGUGAGCAUCUUCGUCAAGGACGCGGUGCUCUACUCGGGCGCCACGCUCGACGAGGCCGAGCGCCUCACGGAGGAAGAGCUGCGCGCCAUCGCCCAGGCCCCGCCGCCGCCCGCCGCCGCCGCCAGCUACGCGGGCUGCCGGGUAGCAGUGACCUUCUUCCUUUACUUCCUGGCCACCAACUACUACUGGAUACUGGUGGAGGGGCUGUACCUGCACAGCCUCAUCUUCAUGGCCUUCUUCUCAGAGAAGAAGUACCUGUGGGGCUUCACGGUCUUCGGCUGGGGUUUGCCCGCUGUCUUCGUGGCCGUAUGGGUCGGUGUCAGGGCUACCCUGGCCAACACCGGAUGCUGGGACUUGAGCUCUGGGAACAAGAAGUGGAUCAUCCAGGUGCCCAUCCUGGCCUCCAUUGUGCUCAACUUCAUCCUCUUCAGCAACAUCGUCCGGGUGCUGGCCACCAAGCUGCGGGAGACCAACGCGGGCCGGUGCGACACGCGGCAGCAGUACCGGAAGCUGCUGAAAUCCACGCUGGUGCUCAUGCCGCUCUUUGGCGUCCACUACAUCGUCUUCAUGGCCACGCCGUACACCGAGGUCUCAGGGACGCUCUGGCAAGUCCAGAUGCACUACGAGAUGCUCUUCAACUCCUUCCAGGGCUUUUUUGUCGCCAUCAUAUACUGUUUCUGCAAUGGCGAGGUACAGGCCGAGAUUAAGAAAUCUUGGAGUCGCUGGACACUGGCACUGGACUUCAAGCGCAAGGCACGCAGUGGGAGCAGCAGCUACAGCUAUGGCCCGAUGGUGUCUCACACAAGUGUGACCAACGUAGGCCCCCGUGCAGGACUCGGCCUGCCCCUCAGCCCCCGCCUGCUGCCUGCUGCCACCACCAAUGGCCACCCCCAGCUGCCUGGCCAUUCCAAGCCGGGGGCCCCAGCCCUGGAGACCCUCGAGACCACGCCACCCGCCAUGGCUGCUCCCAAGGAUGACGGGUUCCUCAACGGCUCCUGCUCAGGCCUGGAUGAGGAGGCCGCUGGGCCUGAGCGGCCACCUGCCCUGCUGCAGGAAGAGUGGGAGACAGUCAUGUGACUAGGCGCCGGGAGUUGGACCUGUGGCACGGGUGGAUGGACAGAUGAACUGAGUGACAGGUGGUUGGAUGGUUGCCCACUCAGGGCUGGGGCUGGGAGGAAAAACACGGAAAAAAGAAAAGAGAAAAAAAGAAAAAGGAAGAGGAA